AUUCAGCGACCCUCCGCUACAUCAACAAUUUUCUCUCUUCAUUCUUCUUCUUAGUUCUUACUUACAAACUAUUCUUUUCACUCUUCACAUUUUUCCCAUCUCUUUUCACUCACUCACCAAAUCUAUGGACCCCACAUCCUCCUAUCACCGCCGUUUUCCACCCUCCUCCGACCGCUUACUCGCUGCUUUCAAUUCCUCUCCUUCCUCCACCGCUGCCACCACCUCCUUCGCCGAAGAGCUCAACGAAGCCGAACUCUUUUGGUCAUCCGAUAGCUCCGAAUCUGAAAAUCAACGCCCACCGCCACCAACACCGGAGCUAAAUCGACACCGUAGUUUCGAUCUAACUCAAGACUCUGGAAUCCUCGCCGUUUUAGCAGACUCCGGCCGCCGCCGCGGCGAAUCACCAGUUUUUCGCGGCAAAUCUCCCGUUUCAUCUUCCAGGAUGAUUCCUUCAUUUCCAAGGCCGAGACCUAACUCCGAACACAUGGUUCAGUCUGUGCCUUCUAGAAAGUUCCAACAAUCUGCUCCGGUGAAGGUUCCAGUUAUGCCGCCAAGACGGCGGAACGUUGAUGAGCUUGCGGUGGUGGACGACGACGACGACGACGGGGAUGAGAUGUUGUUGCCACCGCAUGAACUCGUUGCUAGAGGUUCUGGAGUUUCGCCGAGAACAACGUUUUCGGUUUUGGAAGGGGUUGGGAGAACUCUUAAAGGGAGAGAUCUGCGUCAGGUGCGAAACGCUGUUCUGCGCCAAACGGGCUUUCUCGAUUAAUAGAAUAGUUUAAUUUUUAUCUGUUUAUAUGCGUUGCUGAGGUUGUGAAGUUGAAUUUUGAUAACUUCAUUAAACCAUUAAUUUAUUUAUUUAUGAAGAUUAUAGCUUCAAUUAGGAAUUUUGGAUAUGUAACUUUGCUGAUUGUUUAAUUUAAUUUCCGUCUAUUUAUUGUGAUGAUUUGAAAUUAUAAUUGGAGGAUUAUUGAAUGGCCAAAUUUGAGUAGCAA